AUGGCGACAUAUCUGCCUCCGGGACUCCUCCGUCCAAUUCCAACAUCGUUGGUUCGUGGUGACUUCCUUGGUACCCCUACCCCAGUUCCUUAUUAUCCCCCGCUGUGCCUCGACGAAGUGGUCAAUGAUGCCUUUCUCCAAGCGAUUGGUGUCCUCAAAGACGCCAGCAAAAUAGAGAAAGUGGAACUGUUUCGUCGAUUCAUUGAGGGUAUUCACUGCCAGGAAAACUUGGAGUUUUUAGUGGCUAUUUACACCUACGAUUACUACUACGAAAAGCUUGUGCCGGAAGCCACUAAGCAAAUGAAGGGUUCUGAAACUCUCUCCAAGCAGAUCCUGUUACACUCGACUACCACGAGCACCGGCUUCAUGCCAGGCUUCGACGAUGACGACAUUGACUUUGUCCAUCAGUCGCCUGAGAACCUGCCAGCGUCACUGGACGUUUCAGAAGAUCCUUAUGAGAUGGACGUGACCCAUGUCCAGUUUCUCAACAACAUGUGGCGGGAUAUUUUGUCCACCUUCAUCUUGGAUGAUGCCGCAAAGCAAAUCAAUCUCAGCGCCUCUCACUAUGACGAGGUUUUGGAACACCUGGUGGCUGACACUGCCAUCACUGCCACCGUUUCAGCUGCAGACGGUGACCCUGCUGGUUCUGCUGGCUCAAACGUUGACUCCCAAGAGUCGCAAGCUUGUUACUCCCGACGUAAUGCUGAUCCUGUUACUGCUGCUGCUUUGGAGCCAGAUCCGUCGGCUGCUGCUGUUACCGCUGCUGAAGAACAACUCGCGUCUGACACUGCCGUUAUCGGUUGA